UUCUCUUUACUUGCAAGCAGCUAGCAAAAUGGAGGGAUCUUUUACAAAUUUUGAUCAACUUCCAGAAGAUAUAAUCAUGGAAAUAUUCUCAAGAUUGCCUGUGAAAUCUCUAUUGAAACUCAAAUCUGUUUGCAAAUACUGGUACAUACUAAUUCAAACUCCUACUUUUAUUACCAAACAUUUUUGCCACAAAACCAAUCAUGCAAUUCCUUUUAUUCAUCUCUAUUUCUUAGACAAAAAACAAUUAUCUCUCUCAACUAAUGAAUACCCUUUAUUCCAAGAUCUUUAUAUUCAUAAAUCCACAUCUUUAAAGCCAGUAAUUGGCCCCUUAAAUGGCUUAUUUUUUGUCUACAAUCUUGAUAUGAAUGAAAUGGCUAUAUGGAAUCCAGCAACAAAGGAAAUCAAGAAUAUAAUAAUACCAAGUCCAUCUUUUUAUCCUUAUUUUAGGUCAUAUGCUCAUCAUUUUGGAUUUGGAAUUGACCCUUUGAGUAAAGAUUAUAAAGUUGUAUGGAUAAGAGAUUAUUGGAAAGAAGAAACAUUUACAAGAAGUAAAUCAGCUGUUGUUUCAGUUUACACACUAAGUACUGAUUCUUGGAAACAUUUUGAGGAUAACACAUUUUGGAGUAGUCAUAUAGUUAUGUCUUAUUUUGGUACAUAUUUAGAUGGAUUUUAUUACUGGAAGAUGAUUAACAGCGAACAACAACAUACUCAGUGUAUUAACGGCCGACAAAACUGUGAAAUUCUUGCAUUUGAUUUGACAAAUGAGGUUUUUCAAGUGAUUCAAACUCCUAAUUUGUUCAAUUCAAAUUUUGGAACACUUGGUUUAUAUGAUGGUUUUGUUUCUAUGUUCUUUCAUUUUCUUGUUCAAGGCAAGACAUGUAUUGAGAUUUGGGUAAUGGAAAAGUUGGGAUUUUGGACUAAAAGAUUGGUUAUUGAAUCCCAUUUUAUUGUUAAGAGACCAAUUGGAUAUGGGGUUAAUGGUGAGAUUUUUCUUGAAACUACAACUUCAAAUCUUGCUAUGAUUGAUCCAACAACACAAGAAAUUAUUAAGUGCACUGGACCAUGGGAAAAUGGCUACCCUUUGCAAGUUCUUGUUUACAAAAACAGCUUAGUUUCAAUCAAGAAAUUGAGUAGUGGUGACUUGGGAAAAAUAUAAACUUCUGGUAUUUUCUUGUAAUCUUAUUUUGUUUUACCUCUAUUUAUUGUAUGGUUGUUUCUGAAGGGGAGUCUUGAAGUAACGGUAAAGCUGUCUCUAUAUCACCUAUAAGUCACGGGUUCGAGUGUGGAAGCAACCACUAAUAGUUGCAUUAGAAUAGACUAUCUACAUCACACCCCUUGAGUGCGACCCUUCUCGGGAUCCUGUGUGAACGCGGGAUGCCUUGUGCUUUCGCACUAUCCGUGUUACUGUAUGGUUGUUUCUAGGUGUAAUUAUCGAUAACUAAUUAUAUGGUGCUCAAUUUUUAAUGUACGUGUAACUCACAUAU